AUGGCAGCGACAAGCGGAGUGAACGGCCACGGACGCGUUGAUAUCGAGACUGACGUUUUGAUAGUCGGUGGUGGAUUUGGUGGUGUCUACUCGAUUUAUAGGUUUCGUCAAUUGGGAUUGAGUGUCAAGCUUAUUGAAGCUGGAUCAGACUUUGGAGGAGUGUGGCAUUGGAACAGAUACUUCGGGGCCCGCGUCGAUUCGGAAGCACCAUUCUACCAACUAUCCAUUCCCGCAAUAUGA